AUGGAUACGUUCCAAAAUUUUAAUACAAAUGACGUUAACCCUAAUUCUAAUGACAUUAACUUUCAGUUCGAGUAUAAUGAAUUAAAUGGUAUAUUUAUGGAUACUCCAAGACAACAAAAUGUCAGUGGUAAAAAUACUUCUAGAACCGAUGGUUAUCAACCUAUUCCAAAUUUUACAUUAUCAAGCAAUAUGUUGCCUACGCCUAAUGGUUCUGACCAUAAUGCUUGCUCAGAAUCCAUGAUUAUGUCUCCCUAUUCUAUGUUACCAAAUUCUGUAGAAGGUACUUUUCGUGAAGAUGAGGUUGACCCUUAUAGUUAUUUAUCAUCACCUCUAAUUUCACCAAUCCUACAACCCGAUCAACCUAUGACAAGGCAACACGAUCAGAAAUCAAGUUCUACUUACAAUCAAAUGCCUAAUAAUCCUCACUAUUCACCAUUAAAUAAGCCAGAAGGUGUAAAUAAUUCUGUGAUACAAUUACCAGGAAAUAAUUCUAGUCCUGAUAACAACAGUAUCGAAAAUAAUAGUAGCACAAAGAACAAUGUAAAUAAACUACCAACUAUAAUGACGGGUUCCCCAUCUAUAAUGCCUAAUGUAAACAUGCCUUUGACUUCAUCGAUAGCCAUGCAAGAACCAAUUCCAAACUUGAAUCUUGGCAGUAAUCUCGUGUCUGAAGUAACGCAGACACAACCUUCAUCUGCACAUCUUUCAAAUGGUUCAUCCUCUUCCUUUAACGGUAAUAUCGUUCCAAUAACACCGUCUUCUCUUAUGAAAUUAAAUAAGCAACAAUCUUCUACUCCGAAUCCUACUCUGAAUUCUAUACAAGAUAAUCAAACAGUUAACACUCAACAAGGGCAAAUACAGAAUCAGCAAACUUUCAAUAAUGAGACAGAACAACCUACUUUUGUAGCACCAAGAUCAAGGGUCACAACUUCUGGUCCGCAACGCAUGUUGGUAAUAUCACCAACUGUGUCGCCAAUAUCUCCGAGAAUGAAUCCUGUGACAAUGUCACCAAUGAUUUUACCAUCGUCUGGGAGAAAAAUUGUUCAUACAAAUCAGGCUGUUCGUUCUCCAUCAACACUUAAUCCUUCAAAAAGUCCUCAAACUCUGAAACUUACAAUAAGCCCAAGCCUGAAACCAAAAUUACCAGGUGUGCUGGCUAACGAAGUGGCAGAAAAAUUAGCAAGUCAAUCAAAUUAUAAAAACAUUUUGGAGGGAACGUCAAAAUCCCUCGGUAUAUCCUAUUCGUCUGAAGUACACUCAAGUCUAGAAUCUCGACGUACGACACAUAAGGCAGCAGAACAAAAACGUAGAGAUUCAUUAAAACAAAGCUUUGAUGAAUUAAAAAAAGUAGUUCCAUUACAUUCCAUUACAAGUAAUAAUACUAAAGGAAAUAAUAUUAAAGGAAAUAACCACAAAAAUGGUAGUGGAAAUGAUCGUAACAUCACGAAAGGCAAAAGUUGUGAUGGUAAUGGAUCACUGAAAAAUCUUCAUCAACAGACCAAAGAAAAGGAUGAACUUAUUCAAAAAUUAACAAAUGAACUUGAUGAACUUAAAGCUGCGAAAAAACUAAAGAUUGAACAUGAUCAAAAAAAUGAUGAUACGGAAAUAAUAACUGAUGACAGACAUUAA